GUAGCGACGGGGUAGCGUCCGUGGGAUCUAUGGUCCACUUGAAUCCAGAGCGUGAAGGCGGGGCGACUUCUACGGGACUCCAGGGCUGAUUAAAACGUUGUGUCUGAUUCUUCAUGAUCCUGUAUGCAGUUUUCCCUGGCGGACAUAUAAGAGUGGUUUGCCAUUUCCUUUUCCAGUGAAUUUAAGCAAUCGAAAUCAAGUGAUUUGCUCAAUAGUAUUAUGUAAAGAAAUCAUGAUGUAUUGAAGGGAAGUGAUUUUCUCAGGAUUCCCUGAUUGGUUAGUGACAAAGCUAGCAUGAUGAUGAUGAAGAUAAAUUCUACAGUCUUUCUAUCACACAGGCAUCAUCAUUGAAGGAAUAUUUAAUUUAGAUUGAAGAGACUACAGUUGCUUCAAAAAAAUUGUGAUCAAACAAAUAACCUCUCGGGAAAAAAAUGGAAACUUUCUACCACGUUUUAGAACAGUUAUAUAAGAAGAUACUUCUUGGAGCUCCACUUGAAAACGACACCCAAGAAUAUGCACUUUAUCUCAAUCUGCCAUUUUCAAUCCAAGAUUUAUCCACAUCAAAUUUCUUGAGGUGGCCAUGUGUUCAUCAUGGAAACCAACCUGGUUCUGUCAACAUUGGUGCCACUCCCAUUCCUGUAGAAUUAAUAAAUUUUAAAAUUAAUUUUCAAGUUAGUAAUCCCAGAGAUAUAAUGCUGCUUCAGUUAACAGUCAUCAAGAUGAUGAUAACCAAAAUAUUAUCUAAAAAAAUGGAAUUUACUAUAAAAGAGAAGUAUAAUGCUAUAAUUGAAAUUCUUUUAAAGUCACAUGAAUUGGAAUCUAAAUUAAUCAGCACAUUCCAUGGAUCUGAUAAAUUAUUGUCUCAUAUGGCUGCAAAAUGUCUUGCCUCACUGUUACAUUUACAACUAAGAGAAAAGGAUAUUAUAAAUAAAACAUGGACAGAUUUUUGUUUAAAAAGUUUUUCCGACUACCCUGAAAGUAAUACAAUCUCUUAUUGUCUCUGGACUCUUACAGCUGUAAUAAAAGAAAUAUUGAAGGCUACAUGUUUACGAAAAGCAGGAUUAUUGAAGCAGUUUUUGGCAUCUUUUGAUUUUCAUUUUGAAGUUUUUUACUGUUCAGUUUUUUCUCAGAAUUUUGAAAACAACCAUGAUACCAAGAUACUAAAUCCUAAAAUUACAAAUUUUUUGAUUUGCUUUUUGGAAUUGCUUGAAAUUCUUAUAGCCUCCAGAAUUCACUUGAAGUUAUAUCUCACUUGCCAGAGGGUUUUUUAUUUGAAAAUAUUUUGUGCUUUGGACAUUAUUAGCUGGCCUAUUCACUCUUUAGUCAAAAAGAAGUUCAUCAUCCUUAUUAAAAGAUGUCUGCUGCAUAAAGUGGGUGAAGAUGUCCUAAAUACUUCACUUCCUACUUUAACUGAACAGGAUCCUUAUUUAGAUAUGGACAUGUUAGCUUUGGGUAAUGCUUUUCUGCAAGCUGUGAAUUUGGGGUGGUUGAAACAAUUAUCUGUUAGUGAAAAACCCAGCCACUUUGGAGGCAGUGAAGUUCAAUCUGAAAAUAAAAGUCUUCUUGUCCCUGAUCUCAUUAUCCUCAGAGCAUCAAGUUUAGUUUUACUGAAAUCCUUAGAAAUCAAGGUGCAUGAUUGUAUGUCUGCAAGUGAAAUAAAAGCUGAAUUACAGAAAUUCAUGUCUGAGUUAUUGACCUUCUUAAAACAUCACCUUCAUUCCUCCCUGAAAUUGCAUCAUCACUGUGAAUGGCUUUCUAAAAUCUUCAUAGAACAAGACGAUGACAUGCUGGAGGCUGCAAAAGCGUCAUUAAGCAUUUAUCUAAAGCUUACUAGAACUUGGAAUGAAGCUGCUAAAGACAUGACCCAAGAAAAAGAAACUUGGGACCAUCAGACACAUGAAAAUGGCUUUAAUCCUCAUUGUAUUUUCUUAUUUCUCUUAAAAAAUAUUGGAUUUGAUGCAACAGUUCUCCUUGACUUUUUGAUUUCUUCAGAAACCUGCUUUCUUGAAUACUUUGUUAGGUAUUUAAAACUACUCCAAGGAGAGAAGAAUAAUUUUUCAGAUGUUUGUAAGUUAUUCGAUGAAGCAGAAUUAAAAGAUGGUAUGCCUAUUUCUAGGAUUGUCACUUCACAUGUUGAAGAAAGAUACAGCAACCAAGCUACUCAUCAGCAUCUUUUUUGUGGUACAAACCACUGUGCCCUAUUACCCGUGGCUUCUGACCCUACUACUUCUGGAACAAAUAAUAAACAGAAAGACAAUCAGACUAUGAAGUUGAAGCAACCCAACUUAUUGAUGUGCAUUGAUAAUAUAUCUUCCCCAAGAGCCUCUCAAAGCCUGGUUGAUUAUUCAGGCAGCUCAGAAGAUUCUGAAGAGGAAUCAGUGGAAGAAGAAUAUUUAUCAACUGUUAAACAGACUCCUUUAAACAAUCAAGUCAAUACAAAGAUAAGGGAAAUUGUCAGUGUGACUGGAGAAAAGAACCAGAAUUACCUAGAAUCUACUGCCAUACUUCUAGAUCCAAAAGAGGCUUCUACUUUGUCAUCUGUUAAUUCUGAAGCUGCCCCAAAUAGUAUUGCCUCUGAAACUGUAAUAAUUUGUAAAACGUUUAAAUGCUUGAAAGAACUAGAAAAGGCAAUUUCCCGUUUGCACAGGAGACAUCUCUUUCCAUAUAAUCCCUCUGCAUUAUUGAAAUUGCUAAAACAUAUUGAUACAAUAAAUAAAAAUAUGAAUGUAUUAUAAAGAAUGCAUUUCUAUCUAACCUUUCCUUUUUAAUCUAUUGAUUUUUUUUACUCUUUGAGAAGUUUAGUUCUUUUGAUUCCCCUUGGUGUCACCACUCCCUUACUUAAAUUUAUUUCAGUUGCUUUUACUAAUACCUUGGAUUCUUUAUCAGCUUCUCUUGCCCUUCUGCCAGUAUUUGAUUGCCUUGUUCAUCUGCUUUAGGCUGGUGAGCACUGCUGAAGAAAGUUUCAAAAUAGUGUUGAUUUAUUUUAGAACAAAUUAAUGCUGUCUAAUUAAUUGGAAACCCUCAAUUUGGUUUAAAAAUCAUUUUAUUCAUCUUUAGUUGGCUUUUAUCAUUUUCCUUACAGCAUUUGUUACAGAUUUAUUAGACUUUUAUCUAACCCCCUUUAAACUCACUGCAAAUGACUUUGAUUUUUACUUAGUUUGACAACAGAGACCAUUUCUCAUGAGUGCUCUAAUUUCCAUUCUGUCUUUUCCUCCUUUUUUUUUCUUUUCAAAAGAAAGAAAGAAAGCUAACUGGCCCAUGAUAUCUUUUAUCUC